GUGUCACUGUCAACUGUCAAAUUGGUGAAACUAAAACUUUCGAUUUUCGAAAACAACAAAGAAAAUUGUGGAAACGAGCACGAAAAAUGGGAAAAAUAUUUUUGGAUCAUAUUGGAGGCACACGCUUAUUCUCCUGCGCUGCUUGCGAUGUAGUGCUAACAAAUCGUUCUGAACUAAUCAGUACUAGAUUUACAGGUGCCACAGGCCGAGCGUUUCUGUUCCACAAAGUGGUCAACUUAGUGUACUCUGACGUCCAGGAUCGUGUAAUGCUGACUGGCAGGCACAUGGUGCGUGACGUCUCCUGCAAGAACUGUGGCACCAAACUUGGUUGGGUUUAUGAAUUUGCUACUGAGGAGAACCAAAGGUACAAAGAAGGGCGGGUGAUCUUGGAGAGGGCGUUGGUGAAUGAGACUGAGGGAAUAGAAGAGAUACCUGUCAAUAAUGAUGAUUAAGACAGUGGGCUAGUUGUAGUAAACUAGCAGACGCCCGUGUCUUCGUCUGUGUGAAAAUCGAUGUACACUUUCGACCCCUUCUAUUUUAUAUGUAACUCAAAACAUGAAUGAUUUUGAUUAAAAAAACUUGCCCUCCAACUAAAAUUUAAAAAUCAAAAAAGAGACAUCUUAUUGCAUGUACUACAAGAAAUUAAUAUUGUAUAAAUUAAAUUUGAUAUAUUUUUUUAAAUUUGUGAAGAAUUCCAACCAAUCUAAUAAAGUGGUUAUAAAAAGAAACUUAUUCUUUUCAACACUGGUAUAUAAAAUUGGGCAUAUUACAUGUGAUAAAGCCUUAAAAAUUUUUUUUCAACUCUAAUUUCUCUAGUUUUUUCAAAAUUCAGUUUCUCUUUAGUUGUUGACAUUAGUUUUAUUUAGAUUGUAAAAAAUUGACAAAUUUUAUAGCUUGACCUGAAAAAUAAAAACUUGGAUUAAGGGCGCCACUGGUAAAAGUUAUGUAGUUCUUUUUUUCCCGCAGCAUGACUGUUUUAUUUUUCUGGUCAGGGUUUAAAUUAAAACUACACUAUGAAGUUUUAAUCUAAUUGUAACUGUUAAUUUUAUAAUUUAAUAAAAUACAAACUAUUCA